CGAGCAACAUUACAACGCGAGUGAAGAGAUGAUGGGGCUGACAAGGAGGGAAGGGAGGCAGAGGCGAGUCAACUCCAACCCGCCCGGUCACCGGCCGGAGGGGAGAAUGGCGGAGACGACGGGGACAGCUCAGACCCACCGGCUCCGCGCGCGCGCCGAGGCGGCGGUGGCGGCCCUGGUGGACGUCCGCCCCCACGAGAUGCCCCCGCUGACGAGCGCCGCCUCAACCUUCUUUUUCAUCCUGAGCGCCUACUUCGUGGUGCUGCCGCUGCGGGACGAGGGGGCCAUCUCUCUGGGCCUCGGCGCCCUCCCGGGCCUCUUCGCCGGCUCGCUCGUGCUCACCGUCCUCGCCGCCCCCGUCGCAUCCCUCGCCUUCUCGCUCCCGUCCGUCCCCAAGUCCCGGGUUCUUCAGCAUAUCCCUUCUUGUAUUUUUUGUGCUUUGGUUUGCCUCGAAGCCGGGCUCCCCAUCUACCGCCCAGGUAACACACACUGAUAACAUGGUGGAUUAUUUUCUCUUUUUUUGUAUGCAUGAUUAGUUUUCCCUGGAGUUCGCUAAUAUCACAUGUUGAUAUUACACCGGAAAAAAAAAUUGUUUUUGAAUCCAUCAGCCAUCUUGCACUCCAGCCACUUUGCUCGCUUUCUAAAUUUCCUAAUCGAAGAAGGCAGGGCCAAACUUAUUUUUUGUUUAUUUUUGUCGAUAUUAUGAUCAAGUCAAGUGAAGAUAGUUCAAAUAAACCUGCUGGGUGGGGAAACCACAGCUGGUUAUACAUAGUUGUGAGAAUAAGCUUCUUUCUUUGGGUUGCUUUGCUUAAUCUCAUUACAAUAUCAUCCACUUGGGCAAGGGUAAUUGAUGUCAUGGACAGUGAGUCAGGUUCAAGAUUGUUUGGUUUUAUUGGGGCUGGUGCUACGCUAGGGCAACUUUUUGGUUCUUUGUUUGCUGCAAGCAUGGCAUGGAUGGGACCCUUUCUGCUCCUAUUUUCCUCCCUCUUGAUGGAACUUGCUGCACUGUCAUCUAAAGGAAUUUGCAUUGAUGCUAAUCAUGGUUCAACAGAAUUGCUAUCAACAGGAGCAGAACCAAGUCAAAAUACCGAGCUUGGUGAUGAAAUGUCUUCGCUGGUCCCUUCACCUAGAACACCUUCCCAAUCUCAAAAGACAAAGCCUGGGAUUUUUGUGAUGUUUGAAGGUUUCUGGCUGAUCAUGCGCUCGCCUUACCUGAUAUACAUAUCUCUGCUUCUAUGGCUGAGUGCAGUUGUCUCAUCCUUCUUUUACUUCCAGAAAGUAACUAUAGUUGCUACUACAAUAUCAAGCCCAACUGCCAGAAGGAGAACAUUUGCACUGAUAAACAGCUUUAUAGCAGUUUUUAUUCUUGCCGGACAGCUCACUUUGACGGGUCAUAUCCUUACAGUAGCUGGUGUAACAGUUGCUAUUUGCGCAUCUCCAUUUAUUGCUGCCUCAAAUUUGAUUGCCCUUGCUGUAUGGCCAACUUGGGUUGCUGUUGCUGUCACUGAAACAAUUCGAAAGGUAACUACCUAUGUUUUGACUAGACCGGGAAGGGAGUUAUUAUUUACUGUUGUCUCACAGGAUGAGAAGUACAAAGCCAAGGUCUGUAUAGAUGUUAUUGUUCAAAGGCUUGGUGAUGCGACAGCUGCUGGAAUUUACACAUUACUUUUCAGCAGCUUUGAGAAGAAAAUAUCCAUUGUCAACCUCUAUGCAUUGCCGCUCUGCUUUGUCUGGCUUCUCAUUGCAUUUCAUUUGGGACGGCUCCAGACAAAUCUUGCCAAGCUUCAGGCAGCCUCUGACCCGUCCUAGUUCCUCCCAAACAUGUAUCUGGAACCUAAAUAAUAGGUAUCGUGGUGCUUCUUGACAUCUAUCAAGACAUGUGGCUGAGUAAGGCUGUUUGUGCAUGGCCUUUACUUUUCUAGGAUAUCGACUCAAUACACGGAAGUGGUUCGAGAAUCCAGAAGUACGGUAUGUCACGAAGACGAGGUUUUUGCCACCAGCAUUGAAUUUGUCUGCACAUUUCAAAGGGGCUACAAAUUGACAACACGGAAAUUCGAAUAUAACACUGGAAGUAAAGUAACUACCUGAAGGGUGAACAUAGAGGAAGACAUAAAUAGUACUGGCAGGCUAGCAGCUUAGAGUAUAAGAAUACACGAAUUUUGUAUCUGCUUUUAGUCCAUCCUUUCAUGGUGGAAAAUUGUGUCAUGCAAACUUUAAGCAUGUUAAUUCAUUGUUUAUGGGGAAAAGUAGGGCUGGAUAGGUUGGGCAUUGUUCUGCUGCGCUGCAUAAAAUAAUGUACUGUCCAAUACCACUCCCAGACUGCAUAUCAUUUGCAGAGAUGUGUAAUACCGACAACCAUCUGAUGAACCUGGACUACUGAUGCGACGGUGAAA